AUGAAUGUUGUCACUAUCAACAUUAAUAUCACUGUCAACACCAGUGCGUAUUUCUCGGAGCUGGCGCGGUGCCUGCGGGACAGCAAGGACGAGCUGCCGGCCAUCGUGGAGCACUUCGUGGACAUCGAGCCCAACAUCACCGUCAGGAACCUCAUCAUCACCACCACGUGCUGCGGAGUUCUACCUCUCGCAACGAUGUGCAAGGAGAAGCUUUGCCUGAGUCUGCAGGAGUGCCCCGACCAUCCCGGCACCCUGGAGGUCAUGAACCUCAUGCACAGCCUUCUCAUCAAACACUACUGCGCCAACGACGCCUCGGAACUCAUGGAGGUGCUGAGGACCACGUCUGUCACCUGCGCGCGCCAGAUCCUGCGCAUGAUCACCGAGUGCUGGGGCAAGGCGGGUCUGGACUACAACGACAUCACCAGCGUCCUGAGGAGGCUGUCCAGGAGGGAGAAACUGUGCCAACAGCUGGUCGGUACCCAGAAGUGCGUGCUCGAGUUCUUCAAGACUUCGGAGCCAUGUCAGGGACCGCUGGUAGACAUGAUACGCAACAAGACGGCGCUGGUGCUGGCUGAGUUCACCUGCGCCAAGUACGGAGAAGAAGGCAAGCACCUACGCGACCUCUGAAAUGUUACAUUUAUCGUCAAAUUAGUUAACAAAAUCCUUGUAUUUAUUUAUCAAGAAUGAACUUAUUACACACCUAAAGAAAUGAGUGGGCCGGCCCAAAUAGUGAUGCACUUUUCGUUCUUGUGUGAGUCAUCCUGACUUAGUUUGGCAAGGCUAAAAGGAAAAGAAGGCAAGCAUCCUCGUGAGCUUUGAAAAUGUUCCUUUAAUUAAUAAAUAUGUUAUUAAAGCUAUUGUUUUGAGCCUGUAGAAUGUAGAUGAAUCUAUAAAAAAUACUGAAUUUAUAAAACGCUUGGUAAUCGGAGUCCCUUUGACGCAAAAUCUGAGAAAGUGUAACACAUUUGCGGUCUUUUAAAAUGCAUUUAUUAACUUCGUUCUCUAGGUCACGUGUACCCUUCCAAGUAUUGAACAUUUGUUCGAUGGUUAAAAAAAAUUCUUUCCAGUUAUACUUAUGGAUACGAUGGAUGUGCGUAUUUUAGAAGUAUUUUUUCAUUAAUUAUAGUUGUGCAGUGCUAGAAGUACCUUUUUGGAGGUAGUACUAGUACUAAAGUAAAGGUCCAUGAGUUAAAGAAUUUGGCUGUACCUCAAGAUAUCGAAGUACGCCAUAUGUGAACAUGUCUGUUAAUCAACUUCAGACACGAGCAACAGAGUCGGGUAGGCUUUUAUUCCGUUUUCUAUGACAUCUUCCUCACAGAAAAUUCACGAAGCUAUUUGAAGAAAACGUUAUCAUAAAAUAGAAAACAAUUAUGAUUACAUACCAGUAUUUUAAUUCAACAUGAAACAAGACUGAUCAAGACAAGUCUCAUACGUUGAUCAAAUUCAUUGCAUUCUAACCUGCGAAUUUCAUUUGAUGAAACAAUCGAAAUUUACGAUAGUAGAGAAAUCUGAAGAAAUCCUGCAAUUUUUACUAUUAGAAUAAUAUAAAACAAAUGCAGUUUAUAUACAUUGCAUCCUAAUUUGUGUGUUUUACAAAUAUGUCCACACUCAGUGCCCAAUAAAAGCUUUUUGAUAAUAUUAUACGUUUGAUUGCGUAGUCUAUCUUCCGCGUAAAUGGCCGCAUUGAUGAAACUUGAAUUGCAUCUAAUUUUUUUCAUAUUAGUUAUGUUUGGUGAUGUCUUUAAUGUUGCAUUUUUCUUUGGAAUCGCAAUACAUUUCUCAUUUACUAAUUCAUGGAUCAAAUAUCGCGGAUGAUCUACUUUUCCUGUAUUUAAAAAUAUUCAUUUCAUUAUUUUAUAAAUCGCUUAAUUCAUGUCACUAAAAAACUUUCAUGUCGC